AAUGUGCAGGAGACAAUGAAACUCAUCAUUCUUGAGAACUAUGCGCAAGCCAGUGAGUGGGCUGCAAAAUACAUUAGGAAUCGAAUUAUCCAGUUUAACCCUGGCCCUUACAAAUACUUCACUCUUGGACUUCCCACAGGAAGCACUCCUUUAGGAUGUUACAAAAAGCUGAUUGAGUAUUACAAGAAUGGAGACUUGUCCUUCAAAUAUGUGAAAACUUUUAAUAUGGAUGAAUAUGUAGGUCUCCCAAGGGAUCACCUGGAAAGUUAUCACUCCUUCAUGUGGAAUAACUUUUUCAAGCACAUUGACAUCUCUCCAGAAAACACCCAUAUUCUGGAUGGAAAUGCAACUGACCUACAGGCGGAGUGUGAUGCUUUUGAGGGGAAAAUCAAAGCAGCUGGUGGAAUCGAACUCUUUGUUGGAGGUAUUGGCCCAGAUGGUCAUAUUGCCUUCAACGAGCCCGGCUCAAGUCUGGUGUCCAGAACUAGAGUGAAGACGUUGGCUAUGGACACCAUCUUGGCUAAUGCUAGAUUCUUUGAUGGCGACCUCUCCAAAGUCCCCACAAUGGCGCUCACAGUUGGAGUAGGCACAGUCAUGGAUGCUAGAGAGGUUAUGAUUCUAAUCACAGGAGCCCAUAAAGCAUUUGCUUUGUACAAAGCCAUUGAGGAAGGAGUAAACCACAUGUGGACAGUAUCUGCCUUUCAGCAGCAUCCCAGCACUGUCUUUGUGUGUGAUGAGGAUGCCACCCUAGAACUCAAAGUUAAAACAGUGAAAUACUUUAAAGGUUUAAUGCUUGUUCAUAACAAGCUUGUGGAACCCUUAUAUAGUAUGAAGGAAACAGGAGCAGAAAGAAGACAGUCUAAGAAGCCGUACAGUGACUAGUUUCUUUGGGGCUGGUGUGAUGCUAAGCAGGCUCUUCUCUUGGAAACCAGCAGAGAAGGAAUCCCUACACAUUCUUCUUGUACUUGUUCAUAAAUCAGGGGAGAUGUGCUCAUUAUUGUCUCCAUCUUUUAAAAGAGAUGAAUGCUGAGUACAUUGGGUUUAAUAAACUAGAUGAGGAUGGGACCUUAUGUACUGUGUUCUAACAACCACACAACUACUCUCGCGCGAGUGGUGAAGCCAAUUGAAAUGAGAUGUAUAACCUGUAAAGCAAGUAAAUGAGAACAGGAAAUAGAUAUCCCUCAACUCAAAGGUGAGGAUAUGAAAGGAAGUAAAAUCAAAUGGGUAACUAUAUAAGGUAUUACAUUUGAAGGACACACAUCUAGGUUUCUCUUCCCCCCCACAGUGCACUUAUUAAUCUCAACUUCACUAGCAUCAUGAAAUGGAAGUACUAGCACUAACUAGAGCUAGCCAUUAAAUAAACUUCUUCAAAGCUCCCCUGAAUUAAUUUGUACCAUUUUAGUUUAGGGGCUUUCUUGAGGAGAUGCUGCUAACUUCAGUGUUCAUUGAUGUAUAUAUGCUUCCACUAAAGCCCUGAUUCUGUGAUGUACUAGGCACCCUCCACUUUAGCAAAAUCCCAAACACUGCACCUGUCCUGGCUCUUCAGUUGUCUCAGCUUAAAGAAAUAGCUGUCACCAAAUGGUUAAACAGCAAUAGUUCCUUAUCCAUCUGUGUAACUCUGGCUACUAUUUCACUUCAUGGUCGGAAUUCUAAAAAUCCAAACAUUAUCUGAAUUUCACUGUAUGUCAAGACUAAGGUACUGUCAUUAGACAAUAGCAAUCAAGUCUAAAUAUCUGUGGCUUCAGUUUUCCCCCCAUGCCGUUAAGUAUUCUGUUAGUUGCAGCAGGGUAGGGCCAAUUGCCCUCCCCAAAUCUUCUAGCCAGUUCACCUCUUGCCUUUCCUCAUAAGUCAUGGUGGUAUAAACCCUAACCUAUGUCUGAGUUAUUGAAGUCCUCAAAUUGUGGUUUGAAAGACCUCAAGCUGCAGAGAAUCCUCCAGCAAGUGACCUGUGCCCCAUGC